GCAAAUCGUGCAGCCGCGCUCUGUCUCUCGACCUCCCACGCCAAAAACCUCACCAUACAGCUGCACCUGCCCGAUCGAUUGUCGUCCCGUCAGCAUCAUCCAUCUGAGUUUUGGCCAGCCGGGAAAGACGGUAGAGAGACUCAGCUUGCCGUUCUGGUAUCGGGUGGCUGCAAGGCACUGUCCUGUUGAAGGUCAGGCUGCAUACGACCCCGGUCGUUUGGUUCGGAAAGCAGCCGAUUUGGGCAUAUAGAAUCCAACAUGAACGCACAAAUAUCCUUCAUUGAGGGUCAAUUCAGCCUCAUACAUAUACCCUUGCAACUCUACUCCUCGCUCCUGCAACCUAUACUGCGAGUCCUCCUUCCCCAUGGCGGACCAACACAUUCCAACGAGCCAGAAGGACUUCUCGAAGGUCUCUCCAUCGACAACAAGCACGGCUUUCUCAAUAUCAGCGUCACACCAAUCGAGUGCUCAAUAGUCUGCCACACGUCCUGGGCCCAGAAUGUCUUCGCACCAGUAAUUUCCCGCCUCCCAAAAGAAGCCUCAAAACAGUGUCAAAUCUCAAAAGACACCUAUAUAGUCUUCUCCGUCAGCAGCGCGGGAAUGGAAGCCGGCCAACGAGUCAUGGAUCUCACUGCCCCCUUAGCCAUGGCUGGCAUCCCCAUCUUCUUCAUCACAACCUAUUACACAGACUUCAUCCUCGUGCCCAGCAAAGAUCGUCAGACUGUCGGCUCAGCUCUUCUUGCACGGGGCUUCGAGUUCUCGGAGAAUGACUCGGCGUACGUGGCGCCUACGCCUAUGUCGCAUGCCAGGAUUCCAAGCACGACUUCCGACCCCCCGAGCACGCCGCCGCCGAGUAACGUUGCGGAGCUGCAAAUCAGGACGUUCUCGCAGUUGAAGAAGAAGAAUGUUGUCCCGUUUGUGGAACCGGGAUUACAUCUCGUGCAGUGUUCUGGGAAAGAGAUCGUACCCGGGGAUGAUUACCCGAGUCGGAAUGGAGCCAAUGGACAUGUGAGGAGUUGGCUGGAUAAUAUUGAUCCGAAGUUAUACGUUGGGCUUAUAUCUGCUCUUAGUCAACAGCCUCGCUUCCUCUCUUUGACCUUGGCGCAAGAAGAUGCUCCUUCUCUCCUCAUCGAUAAAUCGCUACUUUGGCUGUUUGGGAAUAGUAUAGCGGGCGACACGGAGGGUGAUCUGGUUCCUAUAUUCCUGGAUCUGGUGGAUUUGCCGUUAGAGAGCACGGGCAUUGUUUGUGGUGUAGCAGGGAGAUUGGUUGAUGAGAUGAGGUUAAACGAGCAGCAUGAAACUAGUCAUGGGAGCGAGCUUAGUUAUCUGAGUACGGCGAGAGCUGGAGCAGUCAUUUUGAGCAGUGAGGGGAGUGCAAGGGCUUUGGAAGCGCUGUUGCCACGGCUGGAGAAGACUGAGGUCUAAGUCCAACAUACGAGAAUGAGCCAGGAAGGAAAGAAAAACGAAGCCGGAUUUUUCAGCAACUUCAGAAAGGUCGGAAAGCUACGAAAAUGAACGAAACAAAUACUCCCCUUUUCCCUUGUUCAUACGGAUAAUUUGCAUGGUUGGCCGGAAACCAGGAUAGAUAACUGGGACUCGGGGUUAAAAAGGGAACUGGCUGCAUUGCAUGGUCGUUGGAUCUUUCUCCGGAUUAUUUGGAUGGGUGGUUACUAUUUGAUUUUAAAAACUUUUUACUUGCAUCUG